UGAAUGCAUUUUUUUGAUUUCACGUACUUUAAAUCAAUGACAUGGCUUAUAAAGUAUCCAAAUUUAGAUUUGUGCCAUAUAUUUAUAAGUGGUCUAAUGAAGUCCAUCAUCUACUACCAGCCCAUUAUAAAAGAAGAUGUCAGCAGUUUAUGCGUGCUGAACCAUUAUUUGUCCAUGUGAAAUAUAAUGAUGAAAAAUAUACAGUGAAGCAACGAGGAAGAGAUAUGAUCAAAGAAAGAGUACAAAAUGUACCAGUGAAAGUGAUUUACCCUGAGGAAUCAAAUAAUGGUUUAUGGGGUGGUGAAGGUAUUAUUGUUGGUUUAAAGAAGUGCAAGAUAAGAAAAUAUAGUAAUAGGGUACCUAAAAUCUGGAAACCAUUAUUAGUGAAAAAACCAUUAUAUAGUGAAAUAUUCAACAAAUUUUACUUAGUGACAGUAACAAUGAGGACAUUAAAUUUAAUAGAUGAAAAUUUUGGUUUUGAUAAUUAUAUAUUGAAGACCAGUGAAGCUCAGUUAAAUUCUCAACUAGCUAUGAAAUUUAAACGUGAGAUGUUGUUAGAAAUCUGCAAUAUGGCAGACAAUCCAGUCAAACAUGAAAAAUUAUUAAAAAGAUAUGACAAAUUUUUAAUGGAUAGAGAGGAGGCUGAAUGGAUUGGCCUACCAUCAUCAGAAGCUGUUAAAAAAGCUGUCAAAGAAUAUGAAGAUAAGCAAGAAGUGGUUCCACUGAAAGAGCUGUUUAUUCAACAGUUACUUGAAGCAGGUGAUUUAAACGUUUUUGAACCAGCAUUUGUAUUCAAGGACCCACCCCACACAAUUUCACCAUUGUUAUUCAUUUCUUAA